AAAACGCGACCCGUUCCACCCAACUAACCACGCAAGCCUGGCGCACAUCGGCCACGCAAACAAGACGAGGGACGGACCCCUUGUCUUGGCCAUGAGGCACGAGUCCAUCCCAGUGCGGCCCAGCGCAUGUCCAGACCCACACAACUCCGCCGAUCCAGCCGCACCCCAACACACACACAAAAAAGGAAGAAACACAAGGGGCACACGGCCUCGCCGCGCGAGUGCUCCUCAAAACGAGCGUAAACCCGCGCGCCCAUCGCGUCGCGUUCUUAGAAGAACAGACAACUCGCCUCGCCAAAAGAAACAUGAUGGUGACAUGGCCGUGGCGCGCUCUACCGUUGGCGGCCGUUCUCUUCCUCUUCCUCUCGCCGGCCGCGUCCGUCGAUACGGUCACCAUGGAGGCUCCACUCGCGGGCAACCGGACGAUCGUGUCGGCCGGAGGGACCUUCACGCUCGGCUUCUUCACGCCGGACGUCGCCCCGGCAGGGCGCAGGUACCUCGGGAUAUGGUACAGCAACAUCCUAGCGCGGACCGUCGUGUGGGUCGCCAAUCGUCAGAGCCCGGUGGUCGGCGGCUCGCCCACGCUCAAGAUCAACGGCAAUGGGAGCCUUGCCAUUGUGGACGGGCAAGGCAGGGUCGUGUGGGCGUCGCCGGUGAUGUCGGCUUCUGUGCUGAGCGCCGGCAGCGCCAAGGCGCAGCUCCUUGACAACGGCAACUUCGUGCUGCGGUUCGCCAGCGCCGGCGUUGCGUGGCAGAGCUUUGACUACCCGACCGACACUCUGCUCCCCGGCAUGAAGCUUGGCAUCGACUUCCGCACCGGCCUUGACCGGUACAUGAACUCGUGGAGGGCGGCCGAUGACCCGUCCCCCGGAGAGUACUCCUUCCGGAUCGACCCGAGCGGCUCGCCGGAGUUUUUCCUGUACCGGUGGUCCACGAGGACGUACGGCAGCGGCCCGUGGAACGGGUACCAGUUCUCCGGCGUGCCGAACCUCAGGACGAACACCCUCCUGAGCUACCAGUACGUGUCGACGGCCGACGAGGCAUACUACCGGUACGAGGUGGACGACAGCACGACGAUCCUGACGCGGUUCGUGAUGAACUCGUCGGGGCAGAUCCAGAGGCUGAUGUGGAUCGACACGACGCGGUCGUGGAGCGUCUUCUCGUCGUACCCCAUGGACGAGUGCGAGGCCUACCGCGCCUGCGGUGCCUACGGCGUCUGCAACGUCGAGCAGUCGCCGAUGUGCGGCUGCGCGGAGGGGUUCGAGCCGCGGUACCCCAAGGCAUGGGCGCUGCGUGACGGGUCCGGCGGGUGCAUCAGGCGCACGGCGCUCAACUGUACCGGCGGCGACGGGUUCGCCGUGACGAGGAAUAUGAAGCUGCCGGAGUCGGCGAACGCGACGGUUGACAUGGCGCUGGGCCUGGAGGAGUGCCGGCUCAGCUGCCUGAGCAACUGCGCGUGCCGCGCCUACGCCAGUGCCAACGUCACCAGCGCGGACGCCAAGGGGUGCUUCAUGUGGACGGCCGAUUUGCUUGACAUGAGGCAGUUCGACAACGGAGGCCAGGACCUGUUCGUCCGCCUGGCUGCGUCUGAUCUCCCCACCAAUUCUGUUUCAGACAAUUCACAGACAGCUAAGCUCGUCGAAAUCAUUGUCCCAUCCGUUGUCGCACUAUUGUUGCUUCUAGCUGGACUUGUCAUUUGUGUCAUCAAGGCAAAGAAGAACAGGAAGGCGAUCCCAUCAGCACUGAACAAUGGACAGGUUACUCCUUUCGGACAAAGAAACCAUACUGCUUCAGCACUGAACAAUUGGGAGAUUACUCCCUUCUGGCAAAGAAACCAUGUUGCUGCAUCCAACGAUGCCCAGGACAACAAUUCCAUGCGUCCUGCUGGUCAGGGAAAUCACCAGGAUUUGGAUCUGCCGUCGUUCGUUAUAGAAACCAUUCUUUACGCCACCAACAACUUUUCAGCUGAUAACAAGCUUGGCCAAGGAGGAUUUGGCCCUGUCUACAUGGGGAGACUUGACAACGGACAAGAUAUAGCUGUCAAGAGACUGUCACGUAGAUCGACGCAAGGUCUCCGCGAAUUCAAGAAUGAAGUCAAGCUGAUAGCUAAGCUUCAGCACAGGAAUCUUGUCAGGCUACUUGGUUGCUGCAUUGACGGUUCAGAGAGGAUGCUAAUCUACGAGUACAUGCACAAUCGUAGCCUCAACACUUUCCUGUUCAAUGAAGAGAAACAAUCAAUUUUAAACUGGUCAAAGCGAUUCAAUAUCAUCAACGGGAUCGCGCGGGGAAUACUAUACCUGCAUCAAGAUUCCGCGCUACGGAUAAUUCAUAGAGAUCUUAAAGCAAGCAACAUUUUGCUUGACAGAGACAUGAACCCCAAGAUCUCAGACUUCGGUGUUGCGAGAAUAUUUGGAACUGACCAGACUAGUGCAUAUACCAAGAAAGUAGUUGGGACAUACGGAUACAUGUCUCCUGAAUACGCGAUGGACGGCGUAUUCUCGAUGAAAUCUGACGUCUUCAGCUUCGGCGUCCUGGUACUGGAGAUUGUCAGUGGCAAGAAGAACAGAGGAUUCUACCACAAUGAGCUCGACCUGAACCUCCUUAGAUAUGCUUGGAGGCUGUGGAAGGAAGGUCGGAGCUUAGAGUUCUUGGAUCAGUCUAUCGCCGGCACUUCCUCAAACGUGACGGAGGUGCUGAGGUGCAUCCAGAUUGGCCUGCUGUGCGUCCAGGAGCAGCCGAGGCACAGGCCGACCAUGUCGGCGGUGACCAUGAUGCUGAGCAGCGAGAGCCCCGCGCUGCUGGAGCCGUGCGAGCCUGCUUUCUGCACGGGGAGGAGCCUCAGCGACGACACGGAGGCCAGCCGGUCCAACAGCGCAAGAAGCUGGACUGUAACAGUUGUAGAGGGCAGAUAGCUACAGCACGGGCUUAUCGCAGGAUGAACACUGUACGUUUUGUAUGUAAUUUAAGCACAAUGGGAUUUGAUUUAAUUAUACUCACUCGACAAGAUUGUUUUGCUUUAUUUAUUGCCUGCGAUGUUGCAUACUUUGAUGCAGUUGCGUGUAAUUAGAACAAGUACCACUAGUAAAAAAAGAUUUUUUUCGUGCGGUCAAAA